CUACUUCUACAUUAAAAAUAGUUUUACAAAUAAAUCUCGCAUUAUUUAAAGAAAUUUUUAAAAAAGACUUAGAUAAAAAAUUAGUUGCUAAAAAAGAAAAUGAUAAUAUUUCAGAUAAUUAUAACACCUUAUUUUCUUUUGAUUUAAUAGAUUUAAUAAAUGAAGAAGAUAAAGAGUUAGAAUUUGAUCAUAUUCAAGAAAUUU